AUGGCGGCGCAGAGGAGGAGCCUGCUGCAGAGUGUGAGGAACGACCCGCUCUCCGGGCUGGGGGUUGGGACCCCAGGGGGCGGCCUGUCGGGUGCAGGCGCGGCUCCCUCUCCGCCGCUGGGCAGCCUCCCUCUCGCUGACGAGUUACAGCAGCAGCAGCAGCAGCAGCAGCAGCAGCAGCCCAUGGUGUACCGCUCAUCACCCUCCAGGGCGUCUGAGUGUCCGGGCAGUGUGUGUGGCUCGCUGACCGGCUCUCCGCUGUCCUGCGGUAAGAUCAGCUCAGAUACCGUCAUUGAGCAGAUGGCUGUGAGGGCUACCACACAAGGUCGGGUAGCUGUCACCCAAGGAUACCCUCACGGGAGUGAGAACAACUGCUUCCUGUACGGGGUCUUCAACGGCUAUGAUGGCAACCGGGUGACCAGCUUCGUGGCCCAGCGGCUGUCUGCAGAGCUCCUGCUGGGCCAGCUCAGCGCGGAGCACACCGAGGCGGACGUGCGGCGUGUGCUGCUGCAGGCCUUUGAUGUGGUGGAGAGGAGCUUCCUGGAGUCCAUUGAUGACGCAUUGGCUGAGAAGGCCAGCCUCCAGUCCCAGCUGCCAGAGGGUGUCCCUCAGCACCAGCUGCUUCCUCAGUACCAGAAGAUCCUCGAAAGACUCAAGGCACUGGAGAGGGAGAUUUCGGGAGGAGCCAUGGCUGUUGUGGCGGUCCUUCUCAACAACAGGCUCUAUGUCGCCAAUGUCGGUACGAACCGUGCCCUUUUAUGCAAAUCCACGGUGGACGGGCUGCAGGUGACCCAGCUGAACGUGGACCACACCACGGAGAACGAGGACGAGCUCUUCCGCCUCUCUCAGCUGGGUUUGGAUGCAGGAAAGAUCAAGCAAGUGGGGGUCAUCUGUGGGCAGGAGAGCACCAGGCGCAUCGGGGAUUACAAGGUCAAGUACGGCUACGCUGACAUCGACCUACUGAGUGCUGCCAAGUCCAAGCCUAUCAUUGCAGAACCCGAGAUCCACGGUGCACAGCCCCUGGAGGGGGUGACCGGCUUCCUGGUGCUGAUGUCGGAGGGGCUGUACAAGGCCCUGGAGGCAGCCCACGGGCCUGGGCAGGCCAACCAGGAGAUCGCCGCCAUGAUCGACACUGAGUUCGCCAAGCAGACUUCCCUGGAUGCGGUGGCCCAGGCCGUGGUGGACCGGGUGAAGCGCAUCCACGGUGACACCUUUGCCAGUGGUGGGGAGCGUGCCAAGUUCUGCCCCAGGCAUGAGGACAUGACCUUGCUGGUGAGGAACUUCGGCUACCCACUAGGCGAGAUGAGCCAGCCCGCAGCGUCCCCAGCCCCAGGUAUGCGCACAGCAUGGACAGGAGGCCUGGUGGUCCCUGCAGCCCAGCCAGCUGCUUUCCAGAGCACCAGCAAGACUAGUGGGGACCUCUCCUCCAUGCCCUCCCAGGCUGGGGCUGGUCAAUGGGGGCCCCACAGCCCACCCUGGGAUGAGGCCACCCCCACCUCACCUCGGCCAGAGCCGACCCUCACCCUGCAGUCCACCAAACACACCCAGAGCAGCAGCUCCAGCUCAGACGGGGCCUCGCUGCCUGCCCACUCGCUUCCCACUCCUGGGAGGAUGGACGGGCUCAAAGUGAUGGGAGAGAACACUGCAGAGAUCGGCGAGGCCCAGAAUCCCCCUGGGCGGCUGGAACGGGGCAGCCCAGGGCGGGAGAAGUCAAUGUCAUCCUGGUCCCAUUUAGAAGCAGCCCUUAUGCUGGUUCCAGAGCGGGAGACCCAGAAUCUCAUAGUUGCUUACAAACACAAAGAUCCCGAGAGCAUUCUGGAAAAGGGCCGCAAGUGCCCAAACGUCCCACUGAGGGCCCUGGAUUAUGACCAGGCCCUCAAGGUUCUCAGCAUCCUGUGGAGCAGCCAGAUGGAAAUCCUGGCAGGGCGGAUCAGCCUGGCCCUUGGGUACCUGGAGGCAGACCACAGAGUCUGUUACAUCCCCCCCUGGUGGCUGCAGGGCCACUGCCCGUACUCAGCCUGGGGGCAGGAGACAGCCUCCAGCGAGGAAACCGCUGUCAUCGAGCCACAGCGGCCCGGCACGGGUCGUGGCAGCUGGAACGGGACACUGUGCCUCACCUGUGGUGUGCCACCUCGGGGACCCGAGGCAGGCCGCUGA